AAUUCAGAUUCUUAUAUAUAUAUUAAUCGAUGGAAAUCAGUUCAAUUCCAUUUCUGAAUCAAGAAGAAUACUCGUAUUUCUACAGCUUCUUUCAAGAGUUUGACACCAAUAACACCGCCAUAGAUGACAUUCAAACCAAUAAACGCCGGAAAAUCAAUGAAACAACAACCGGCGACAGCAGUUCGUUGAAGGAAAUUCUCGAUACCAUCUCGUUUAUGGACGAGCAAGAGAUCCCUGAUUUCGAUUUUCAAAUGCCUAAUUUGGAUUUUGGUUCGGAAAUGGCGGAACCGGAAAGGGGGAGAAUCAGGAAAACACCACCGCCGAAAUUUGAUGCGACGGUGACGGAAGAAUGGAGUUCUAGCCAAGGUGGCGGCGGCGGCGGCGGCGGAGGAGGGCCGCAGCGGAGGUUAUGGGUGAAGGAAAGGUCGAAAGGAUGGUGGGAUUAUUACAAUAGUGAUGAAUGUCCAGAUGAAGAGUUCAAAAAAGCUUUCAGAAUGAGUAAAUCGACGUUUAAUAUGAUCUGUGACGAAUUGGACGCCGCCGUGACUAAAAAAGACACCAUGCUCCGAAUGGCGAUUCCGGUACGACAGCGAGUUGCCGUCUGUCUCUACCGUUUAGCCACCGGCGAUCCGUUACGAACAGUUUCAUCUCGGUUCGGGCUCGGAAUCUCGACAUGCCAUAAACUCGUCCUUGAAGUUUGUGCUGCAAUUCGAAAUGUUUUAAUGCCUAAAUUCCUCCAAUGGCCGGACGAUGAACGCUUAGAAGAAAUCCAAACCGAAUUCCAAUCAAUCUCCGGCAUCUCAAACAUUUCCGGUUCAAUCUACACCACUCACAUCUCCAUAAUCGCUCCCAAAGUCACACCGGCGGCAUAUUUCAACAAAAAACACACCGAACGCAACCAAAAACCGUCGUAUUCCACCACCGUUCAAGGUGUCGUCGAUUCACGCGGCGUUUUCACUGAUAUCUGCAUCGGAUACCCUGGAUCAAUGUCCGACGACAAAAUCCUCGAGAAAUCAGCGAUUUCGCAACGAUUCAACAUUGGUUAUUUGAAGAACAUAUGGAUCGUCGGAAAUUCAGGUUAUCCGUUACUCGAUUGGCUUCUGGUUCCAUAUACACACCAGCAUCACACAUGGAGUCAGCAUUCAUUCAACGAGAAGAUCGGAGACGUUCAGAAGACGGCGAAAGAUGCAUUCAUGAGGUUAAAAGGACGUUGGACGUGUUUACAGAAACGGACGGAGGUGAAGCUUCAGGAUUUGCCGGUGGUCCUGGGGGCGUGUUGUGUUUUGCAUAACAUUUGUGAGAUGAACGGAGAAGCCAUGGAUCCCGAUCUGAGUUUUGAUCUGUUUGACGAUGAGAUUGUGGUGGCGGAGAACGGUGGCGGGAAAUCGGGAAAUGCAGUUCAGACGAGAGAUACGAUUGCUCAUAAUCUAUUGCAUUGUAGCAACGGAGGAAGUGGUUUUAGAUGAUUAUAUGAUUUUCUUUUUCUUUUUGGAAUAAA